ACGGGCUCAUGUUUUGUGAAGCAAAAGCAAAAACAUUUUUUUUGUUUCCUUUUGCUAUUGUGGGUAACCUUUGACCUUGCAGCUAGCCUCUGGCAUAUCCACCAUGGUGGUGUUGGUUGUCCUCCUGGCUGUGGGACCUCUAUUUAGAGCUCUACAGAGGUCCGUUUUAGCGUGCAUCAUUGUAGUGGGCCUAAAGAGAAUGCUUAUGCAUUUCACUGACCUGAAGCAACUGUGGAAAAUCAGCAAGGUGGAUUUUUACAUCUGGCUCGUCACCUGGCUCGCUGUCCUGCUGCUGAACGUGGACCUGGGCCUGGGUGUCGCCGUGGCAUUUUCCUUGCUGACGAUCGUCUACCGCACUCAGAGGCCAGAUUGUAAACUGCUCGGCAGAAUACCAGACACUGAACUCUACAGACCACUGGAUGAGUUUGCGAAGUGCGAAGAGAUUGCAGGGGUGAAGGUGAUCGCCUACAGUUCCUCUCUGUACUACGGAAACCACGACCACUUCAAGACGCAGGUUUUCUCGCUCGUGGGGUUGGACCCAGGCCUGGAGAAGGCGGCACGAGAAAAGGCCAAGAAGAGGGCCAACGUCACGGGCAGUGGCCGCCAAGUGGGCUCAGCGCCCUCUGCCCAGAACUGCUCGCCAAGAGAUGGAGACUCACAUUUUGCGAUGAAUAAUCCCUCAUUUACUGCAGAGGGCACAAGCCCCCAAGGUCAGGCUGGCGGUGCGCUCUCUGCGUGUGGCUCGCCACCUGUGGCACAGACAGAGAGUGGUCCACCACUCCAGGCCAUUGUACUGGACUGCAGUGGAUUCAAUUUCAUGGACUCGGUGGGGGCCUUAUCUCUAAUGCAGGUCUGUGAAGAUUUCAGAGAUAUUGGAACACGCGUCCUUUUGGCACGGUGCUCAGAGGAGAUUCAAGGGACAUUGGAGAAGAGCGGCUUCUACAAGAAAUUCAGCGAAGAUGUUAUUUUUGCAACCCUCCACGAUGCUGUUGCUUCCAUCACACCAACAACCAUGGUACAGAAAACUAGAAUUGCAUUGGCAUACAGCAUUCACCAACCCCAACCCCACGCACACAAUACAACAGCGGUAACGUAACCUUAUAUGUUUACUCUUGAAGAGAGAAAAAAAACCAUGCCCACUUCAAAAUAAUUGCUGUGUGGAUGCACUGCUUAUUCAAUUAUAACAUAAACUCAUUACAUCUGACACACACGUGUGUUUUUUUAUUAUUUCAUCCAUGUCCACACAUUGUUUGGUUCGUGCAAGGCACGGUCAAAGAUUAUUUGGAAUGUCUUCCUUUUUUUCCAAAUCCGUUACGUUUAGGUAGGAGCAAGUUCAACGCUGUAUUAGUAGGGGAAGGGCAUCGUAAUAUAGAAACAUGGUUUGGCCUUAUGCUGCAGGAGACGUUUUAAAUAACUGAAACUAUUCCACGAAUUGUGUAAUGUCACCGAAGUAAUAUAUUUUGUUUAAAUAUCAUUUAAUCUAUUUUAAUCACAGACUCAAUUUCAGAUGUGAGUUCCAAAAAACAAUGAUAUGUGAAGUUGCACGAUGAGGUGCAUGCUGCGAAUAUGUUCCUGAUUUUCAAAAUUAACCUGAAGAGUCAAAGAAAUUAGGCCCUCGAUGAAAUUUCUGAUGAUCCGGAAAAAAAAAUGUUUCAGAAUUUUUCAAAAUUUGACGUUCCGUCUUCCCCGCAAUAAAUUGUUGCAUGACUUCAAUGUUGCUUGGAUUAUCAAAACAUUAACGUGGUUCCCUUAGAUUAUAUUUUACAUUUUUUAUAUUUAAAAUAAUCAAGUGUAGUGCAUCAACAAUAAACGUUGUGAAAAUGUUACAAAUUUAAAUAGAUGAAUGCGAAAUAUCUAAAAACAAAUCCAAAGCUCAUCCCUAGUUCCUGUAUAAUCCAAAGUAAGUUACAAUGACCUCUGAAAAAUACAAUAUUUCUUGCAUUGAAUCUACAAACUCGUGAUGAAAAUGCAACACAAACUAUUUAAGGAGGGAAGAGUAAUACAUAAUUAAUAAUCAUCGUAUGUAAAUUACCGCAGAGCUUGCUUGUGAGAGACGAGAGAAACAAUUUUAACGUACCUUUAAAUAUUACAAUCAUCUUGCGACGUAUUUAUUUAUUUACAAUCACGGUCAUAUGUUUUGGAAAAUUAUAUUUCGAUUACACAUUAAGGGUACCUUUCAUUAUCAGGUAACACAAUGCUGUAAUUCUAAUCGUGAUGAGUUGUUGUAUGUCUUUGUCAAGAGGGUAAAUGCAUACUGUGAGCAGUUGGCUGUGAGUGUUGUAAUUUUCCACAUGAUUCAUUCAUGGGCCAUUUAAUUGUUUCUCAUUUAAUUAACUUCUAAAAUAGUACCGCCUGACCCAAAAUAAAAUUGAUUUUAUUUUUUAACUGCAGGGAACCAACACAUGAUCCCUAAAUGUUGUGCGGAUUGUAAAACAGGUUGGUAAUUUUAUUAAAGAGAAUAUAUAUUUUAGAAAGGUAAUGUUAGAUCUGUUUAAUCCUUAUCUAUAAAUUAUGAGUCUGGGAAAAUAAAGUUCAUACAUUAUUACCAUUGCAAGCGCAACCUUAAAACUUGCAAUUCAGUCUUUCUUUGAUAUAUUCUGCAACAGAUGUGGAUUCAUGUAUACAGGGGGGAAAUCAGUUUUUAAAUUGAUUUCACGAAUUAACGUAUUUUUUUCUUAAUGAGACAAAAGCAGCCAAGCUUUCAACUUUGCAUACCAGUUAAUUGAAUGGUAUUCGCACUAAUUACAUUAAUAUUCAUACAGCAGCGUGCAGCACCGGUGUCCUGGCAUCAUGAAGAUGUGACGGUUUUCUAAAUGGCCUGUCCAUGAAAACUGCAGCCAGUGCGACUAAGAUUUCAGGUAUUGGAGUUGUGUUCGGAGCAAGUGAUUUGACAUGAAAUACAUGAACUGUUGAUGCGAGCUUGAGGUUGAUAUGUACAUCCAGUAUAACUGUACGGUGGCUGGGGUUCUGCAGAAAUUGUAGGGCUCAGUUCUUGGACACGUUUUGCAGUCAAAGAACCGUCAAUACCCUUAAUAUUCCCCAAAAGAUAUUUCUGUAAGCAAACUAUUUGACAUCUUAAUUCGACAGGUAUUAGUGGUGUAUGCAACAGUGCAUGGCUCCAGUACAAGCUGGGCUCAACGUAUUCACGUAUUAACGUAUUAACGUUGAGCCCAGCUGAGCCACUGUUCUUGAUGUUGGUGGUGUGGUUGUAAUUAUGGGGCCAGAUGUUAAAUGAGAAUAAAACUUGUCCAUCACCCAUUGUCUUUCAGGGUUUAGCAGUGUAUGCAGAAAAUCAUAAUGGUGCAAAUAUAAAUGAAUAACAUUCAAAUAAGAUACAACUGUGGGGAAAAUACCUGUGUUUGAAGUAUGAACUUGCCAGCGUGAAAUAUAAUAUUCGGCUAGCCUUCUUUCCGCCAAGAUAUUCAUCUUGAUAAAAUCCUGUUUAUGAAAUGUCAGAUAUAUGCAUUUUCUUCCUCAGUGCUUAAUAUGUUACGUUCUGGUAUUACACCAGCACAUAUAUUAUUUAAAAGUUAUGACAGAUAAUUCAUAAAAAUACAAUAUUGGAUUUUCUACACAAUUGUCUUAUGUUCACCUGAAUUGUAUUUUGGUCAUCGCAUAUGAAUUGAAAAUGUUAGCUUUUGAACAGUCAAAUAUUUUUCCAAUGUUCUCUGAUGUGUAAUUAAUUAUACGUGCUUGUAAUUUUUUUAACAUUCAUAAAAAUUUAAAUCUAAAUUUUAAAUACGAAUGUGCGCUCUGUUAUUCUAAUAAUAAAACAUCAAAUUAUGGUAUUAAACUGCAUUCAUAAUUAUAUGCUCAAAAAAUAUGCUGUGUUGUAUUCAAAACACAUUGAUGGUGGUUUAAUAUUGUAGGUUCUUAUUUUUUAACGUAAUUUUUUUUCUCAAAAAUCAAACCCAAUUGUUAUUAAAAUUUCUGUAGUAAUAUUUAUCAACGCCUAUAUUUUUAUUGAAUGUCCAUAACGUGAUUCACAUUAAAUUUAAAUGUCCACGUG